UCGACGUUGUCAUUAAGGAGGAGAUGAAGAAGAAGGAUGCUUGAUAUGGCCGGAACCGCCCCUACCGAGUUUCGGUGGAAACCACCUCCACAGCCUCCGCCGCAACAGCAAACCUUUUCCGAAUCAGAUUCAGACUCGGGAUCUGAUUCAGAUAACCAUCAGCACCGUCACAAUGAUGUAUCAAGCUCCAUCUUUAAAGCUUACCUCGAUUGCCACUCAUCUUCGUCUCCUUCCUCAAUCGAUCUCGCUAAGAUCCAGUCGUUUCUUGCAUCUUCUUCCUCUGGAGCUGUUUCGUGCCUUAUCUGUCUUGAACGCAUCAAACGAACCGAUCCUACGUGGUCCUGCACUUCCUUAUGCUUCGCCGUCUUUCACCUUUUCUGUAUCCAGUCAUGGGCUCGUCAGUGCUUAGAUCUACAAGCUGCUCGUGCAGUCACGCGUCCAUCGUCAAAUCCGACAGAACCGGAGGCGGUCUGGAACUGUCCGAAAUGUAGAUCAUCGUAUCAGAAAUCGAAGAUUCCAAGGCGGUACCUUUGUUACUGCGGCAAGGAGGAGGAUCCACCGGCGGAUAAUCCAUGGAUCUUGCCUCAUUCUUGCGGUGAGGUCUGUGAGCGGCCGUUGAGUAGCAAUUGUGGUCAUUGUUGCUUGCUAUUGUGUCACCCUGGACCUUGUGCUUCUUGCCCCAAGCUCGUAAAGGCUAAAUGCUUCUGUGGUGGAGUUGAGGAUGUUCGUCGAUGUGGGCACAAGCAUUUCUCUUGCGGCGACGUCUGCGACAAAGUCUUAGAUUGUAAUAUCCACAAGUGUAGAGAGAUUUGUCAUGACGGUGAGUGUCCACCGUGCAGGGAGCGUGCGAUUUACAAGUGUUGCUGUGGUAAGGUGAAGGAGGAGAAAGAUUGCUGCGAGAGAGUGUUUAGGUGUGAGGCUUCUUGUGAGAAUAUGCUUAAUUGUGGCAAACAUGUAUGCGAGAGAGGCUGUCACUCGGGCGAAUGUGGAUUGUGUCCAUAUCAGGGAAAGAGGAGCUGUCCCUGUGGCAAGAGAUUCUACCAAGGCUUGUCUUGUGAUGUUGUGGCUCCUUUAUGUGGCGGCACCUGCGAUAAAGUCCUUGGUUGUGGCUACCAUAGGUGUCCAGAGAGGUGCCACCGCGGCCCGUGCCUUGAGACUUGCAGGAUUGUGGUUACUAAGUCUUGCAGAUGCGGAGGAACAAAAAAACAGGUUCCUUGCCAUCAAGAGUUGGCGUGUGAGAGGAAAUGCCAGAGAGUGAGAGAUUGUGCACGUCAUGCAUGUAGACGCCGAUGUUGUGAUGGUGAAUGUCCACCAUGCUCAGAGAUUUGUGGAAAAAGACUCCGUUGCAGGAAUCAUAAAUGCCAGUCUCCUUGUCACCAAGGUCCAUGUGCUCCUUGUCCAAUAAUGGUAACAAUAUCUUGUGCUUGUGGUGAGACGCAUUUUGAGGUACCCUGUGGCACUGAAACAAAUCAGAAACCUCCUAGAUGCCGUAAAUUGUGUCACAUAACCCAGUUGUGCAGACAUGGGCAAAACCAAAAGCCUCAUAAAUGCCACUAUGGUGCUUGUCCUCCAUGUCGAGUCCUUUGUGAUGAAGAAUUCCCAUGUGGGCACAAGUGCACCCAAAGGUGUCAUGGACCUAGACCUCCACCUAACCGUGAAUUUAUGAUUAAACCAACUAAAAAGAUGUUGAAUAUUCAGGCUGAAUCUACACCGGGUUCUCCCUGCCCUCUUUGUCCAGAGCUUGUCUGGAAGCCCUGUGUAGGCCACCAUCUGGCAGCAGAGAAAAUGAUGGUUUGCUCUGACAGAACUGAAUUUGCAUGCGAUAAUUUAUGUGGGAACCCUCUUCCAUGUGGGAAUCAUUACUGUUCGUUUACCUGUCAUCCCCUGGAAAUAAAAAAUUCAUCAUUGGAUAGAAGAAGUGAGUCCUGUGAAAAGUGUGAUCUCCGCUGUCAAAAGGAGAGAACACCACGAUGCCAACAUCCUUGUCCUCGACGAUGCCAUCCCGGAGACUGUCCACCUUGCAAAACUCUGGUGAAGAGGUCAUGUCACUGUGGUACGAUGGUGCAUGCAUUCGAGUGUAUUUAUUACAAUACAUUGUCUGAGAAGGAGCAAACGAAUGCCCGCUCAUGCCGUGGUCCUUGUCACAGAAAAUUGCCAAACUGUACGCAUCUGUGUCCGGAGAUAUGUCAUCCUGGGCAGUGUCCAUUGCCAGAAAAGUGCAUGAAAAAGGUGGUUGCUCGUUGCAAGUGCCUGACCUUGAAGAAGGAAUGGUUAUGCCAAGAUGUUCAAGCAGCCCAUAGGGCCACAGGUUCUGAUCCGAAAGAAGUACCAAAGAACCAGUUUGGUGUCGGCCUCCUCCCUUGCGAUUCCAACUGUAAGAGCAAACUACAGAUGGCUGAAUCGGUGUUACAACAGCGCAAAGUCAAAGAGAUUGAGGAGAAGGAGGAACCGAGUGGGAAAAAUGCAUCAAAGCGAAGGAAAAGACGUGAACGGGGUCAGGACAUUAAGGAGACCACAAGGCUGCAGAAACUUGCUGUCGCCACAAAGAGGAUACUGAUGGUCGUGAUGUUAAUGGCUAUGCUAGCCGCUGUUUCAUACUAUGGUUACAAGGGACUCUUGUGGCUUUCUGAUUGGAUGAAUGAACUGGAAGAACAAAGACAAAAGUCGAGAAGGUACCCACGAAUCUAGUUCGUUGGAGAAAUUCUUCCUUCUCAAGCUUUUGACCUGAUACUGCGCAGUUACAACACAAUUAGCUUUGACAAAUUUUUAUAUUUCUUUUUGUUAGUCUAUGAUAGUCACCGAAAAAUAUUUCAAAAGGGAUUAAAAGAUCAUCAGUUUGUUUGUUGUAUUGAUUUGGUGAAUCUUGUUUUUUUUUUUUAUGUUUCGAGACAGCAAAGAAAGCUAGGAAAAACUGUUGUACUUGAUAUAUUAAAUCUCUAUCGUUUUCUUUUC